UUUCAGAAUGAGCUUCUCACUCAUCUCGCCAAAUUCCGUCAGCACUUUGAAUAUUCAACCUCCAACUUCUUUCUCCGUCUCCUCUCCGCCGUUCCCCAUCCUCCGUCUUCCACCGAAGGCCCUUCGUGCCACUCUUCAGAAUUUUGAGUUCUCGGAUUUAAUGAACUUCUGCCUGAUCUCUCCAACAUCCGGAAAGCUUCUGAACAUCGAAUCAGGAAAUGUGCGCGUAGUUCUGGAUCACCUGAUGGCUAUAAUUGUCUGGUCUGCCAAUGGAUGCUGCCGGUUCUUGUUCAGCCCUCCUUCAGACGACAUUGAGGAGCACUUUACGAAUUGGACAUUGCUCAAUGAAAGCUUUUCGAUGAGACGUUGCGUUGAGAAUUUGCUCGUCGCUCUGGAUCUUCAGGAAAUUGACCAGUUGUUUGUUAUGGAUGAAUUUGCGAUCUGCGACGAGCUGAAAGGAAUCAAGCUGUGGAGGAUCGUGAUGGGAGAGAACAACCCAAAGAUGUUCGAUCUCUACUACCGUGACGCCAUGAGUAUCAACAUUGCCGACAGAGCUCUCCUUGGUGAGCAGUUCAGAGCUAUGUGUUCCGAGAACUUGAAUCGCCUGGAGCUUACUGAAGGAUGUGCCAUCGGACUUGACGAUCUGCUCUCAUGCAACGCCAACGAACUGAAAAUCGAGCACCCAUUCACUUUAUCCGAUUUGAAUCUAUUUAUCAAACAUUUCAUCAAUGGGUCAAAUCCUAGACUGGAAGAAGCUCAUAUUGCAUUGGCAGGGGACAACAAAGAGGACUACAAAGAGGUCUUGCUGAAAGGUAUCAAGUACCAAACGUCUCACUCUUUGACAUUCUACGAAGAUGGCUUUUCGAUUGAUAGCUUCGAAUUUCUUCGCAACGACGGAAUUGAAGUAUCGGCUUCGGUGGAUGCAAGAAGUCAAAACUUCUACUUGGUUGCUAAUCUGGACAAUUCUCCACUUUGCGAUGAUUGCUGUUGUGCUUGCUCAAGAAAAUUGUGAAAUAAUUUUAUUGUUAUUAGUGAAAAAAUGUUUGACUCUCUGUUAAAUUUUCCUAUUUUAUAUAUGCUCAUUUUUGCUAUAGAAGCUACCGUAGAUCGAAUAAAUAAGUAUGGAGUCAAAA